AUGGAGCCAGCUGCCAGCGCAGCCGCUCCAGUCGCGCGUGUAACGACGGCCUCAAUUGCAGCGCCAGUCGAUGAGAAGGCGAAGAGGGAGGAAGCGGCAGAUUGCUGGGUGUCUUUCCCAAUUGUCACAGUGGUCGAGAUUCAGUCGAGCACAAGUUUGGGAUCAUCGCUAGCAGGGCUCACUACCGACAUUGAGAGGAAAAGAGAAGAUGAGGCGGUGAUAGUUUUCUGUGUUCAUUCGACGACGUUGGAGGUCGUGCCAGCAGCUCAAGUUCCGGCAACGACGACCAGGAGGAUGAGACAGGUGGCGAGCACGGCGGCUGACUCGCUAUGA